AUGCCCUUUCCCGUUCAACAACUACCAUUUUUACUCCAAGAAUCGAUUCUCGAACAUCUCGCAAUCGGUGAAGCUCUUCAACUUUUAAAAGUCAAGAAAAACUUCCGAGAUUGCAUCCAAUUUCGUGGCCCAUUUUUAAAGAAAUUCAACUCUAUUGAGGUGAAUCAUUGGAAACAAAUUACAAGAAUAAACGAAGAUGGCUUCAAAGCUGUAAGCAUCAAAAUUGAUGAUUACAUUUUCGAGACGACAACGAAUUUGCUUGCCAAUGAGGUAAAUAAAAAUCAAAUUUUGAUUGAUCAACGCUUCUCCCGACUCUUCAAUCAACUCCAUUUCUGCAAGAAACUCGACGUUUGGGAGAGAAAUUUUCAGGGUGUUCCCAGCGAUUCAAAAGAGUUUGACUUUCUCAAAUUGUUACCGCAAAAAAUUCGCUCCGUCGACAAUCUCCUGAUCUCUGCAUUUCGCUUGUGCAGUAUGAAUGAGAUUCUGCAGAAACUCGAUCGGAUCGCAUAUCGUGCAAUCUGUAUUCGCUUUUAUAUGACUUACUCACUUUCUGCGGAAAUCUCCCGUGUACGCGAGUAUUUGGAAAGAAAGCGAGGAAUGCUGUGGCGU